GAUACGAACAUGAUGAUAAACAUUAUUUUCUUCAGUAUAUUACUAGGAUCUUCAUUAUGCAAUCCGAUAGCAAACGUUUGGAUCAAUCCCAUAGGAAGUUAUUCACCUUUACGACAAUAUCACGUUCAAGAUGGAUCAGGAUCUUAUCGAUAUUCGUUCACGGGACCCCAUCAUGCUAAAACGGAGUCUAACUUGAAUGGGAUUACUCAGGGUGGUUAUUCCUAUAUUGACGCAAAUGGAAUACUACAAACAGUAUCAUACACCGCGGAUGAUCAAAAUGGUUUUAGAGUUAGUGCAAGUAAUCUUCCGCAAGUACCUAAAAACGAUCACGACGAUUUAAUCCAACAAGAUGACACCCCGGAAGUAGCCUUAGCUAAACGAAAUCACUUAGAGGAAUUGCAGAAAUCUCAGUUAAACGAUCGACCAAACUGGAACGAUCGGAAUAUCCUAUCUUAUAAGAUCUUACCACCGUAUGUCAGUUACGCACAGUUAAAACCAACCGAGAACAAGAUAGUCGAACGAGAAAUUCAGAGCACGAAAAAUCCAUUCGUACUAUCUCAAGCGGAAGCUGACAAGAUUCAAGUACCCAAGCCGGAUCCAACGCUUUUUCAACGAGUUAGUUCCCCCUCAAGCUCGUUGAACGUUCAGGACACCUUGGGAAAGGAUGAAGAUGAGAAUGAGGAACAAAAGGAAGGACUACGACAAUCGGAUGAUAAUCCGAAUGCUGCUUUACAGAUCGGAAAAUUCCUAGAAUUGGCAAACGUUCAUAGGAGGACAACAACAGCAACUGCAGCAGCAACUGCAGCAACAGCAGCAGUGGCGUUGCCAGCCCCAUACGUGUUCCCUGUUUUACCAUACAGGUUACUUCACAGUUCCCUUCAUCAUACUCAGGAUUCCUUAGGACAAUACGAUUAUAGUUAUACUGGUGAUUCAAGUGCUAAAACCGAAUCAAGAUCUUUGGAUGGUACCACGAGGGGUGCUUACAGUUAUAUCGAUCCAAAUGGUAUUUUACAACAAGUACAUUACAUUGCUGAUCAUAACGGAUUUCGAGUACUUGCUACUAAUCUACCGGAAGCAAAAUAA